AUGUCUGGUAAUGCAUCCUCCUCAGUCUCGACGAGUCACCCUACCUCGGGCACACUCACCACAAAGAAGAAUACACACACGCAGUCUUCACUCCCGCCCACGGCGCCAACUGGCUCGACUCUGACAGCAACCGCGAUACCUCCCUCAACGACGGAAGCGCAGCCCAGCUCAUCGACGCCUAUUUCUCCCACAUAUUCGUUUCCAACCGUGCCAAGCUCGCCUCUUCCUUCCAGCAGCAGCAUCACAAGCACCGCCCCCUCAGAUGCUGCGGAUGCCGGCCUGAACAAAGCUAUUAUCGCUGGCGCUGUGAUAGGAGGUGUCGCGGUGCUUUCCGUUGUCGGUUUUGGCAUUUGGUUCCUGAAGAAGAUAAAGAAGCAGCCGGAGGACGAUGACAUCUCGAUGGUGGGGAUGCCCAGGGAAGAAGACGUGCCCAUGGGGAUGCGAAAUGGAAUAAGGCGUGUGAGGGGAAAUAACGAUUAA